AUGGCGGAUACAGAUAGCGAUAAAUUUCCGCUGCACACGGCUGCAAGAGAAGGCAGAGUCUCUGUAGCAGAAGGUCUCCUCAAGACGGAUCCCAAGCUCUCAAAACGCAAAGAUGACGACGGCAGAUACCCCGUUCAUUGGGCAGCUUCUUCCAACAGCUAUGAUAUUCUCCUCAUGUUAGCAAACCAGUCAAGCUUUGACCCUGAUAUCCAGGACGACAGCGGCUGGACUCCCCUCAUGAUCUCAGCCAGUGUUCAAAACAGCGAGCCAGCAUUAAAUCUGCUGCUCCAAAGGGGCGCUGACGUUAACAUCAAGAAUAACAACGGCCAAAUACUACAGUACAGUUCAGCUAACACCAACCCCCAGACAGCCCUCCACUUCGUCGCCUCCAAAAAGAACCUCGACGUCGCCCGCCUCCUCAUCAGCUCCAAACCCCCAGCAUCAACCCGUGUCCGCGAUCGCCGCGGCCAAUACCCCAUCCACCGUGCCGCGGCCGUCGGUUCCGUGCCCAUGGUGAUGCUCCUGCUGAAGAACAGGAGCCCCCUGAAUGCGACGGAUAAUGAGGGCUUCACCCCUCUUCACCAUGCUGUCGCGGAGGGUCACGGAGACACUGCCGUUGCUCUUCUGAAAGAGGAAGCUGAUUUUACACUCAAGACUACCGACGGAGAACUUGCUAUUGACCUGGCUCCAGACAAAGAGGUCCGCCAAUUUAUCAUCCAAGGCGCUGAAAGAGAAGGCAUCCAGCUUGUUGACUAA